AUGAAGUUGGAGGUGACAAAACAGUUUUCUACUCGCUCGGAAAGAGUGAAGGGAAUUGAUUUUCACCCCUCAGAGCCGUGGAUUCUCACCACUUUGUACAAUGGUAAGAUCGAGAUUUGGUCCUACGCAACCAACACACUUAUAAAGCUGAUCCAGGUGACUGACUUGCCUGUCAGAGCGGGAAAGUUUAUUGCUAGGAAAAACUGGAUAGUGGUUGGUUCUGAUGACUUCCAUGUUCGUGUUUACAACUACAACACUGGUGAAAAGAUCACUCAAUUCGAAGCGCACCCAGACUACAUUAGAAGCAUUGCUGUGCAUCAGUCCUUGCCAUACAUUUUGACAUCUUCGGAUGAUCUUACUAUCAAAUUAUGGAAUUGGGACAAUAAUUGGCGCUUGGAGCAGACCUAUGAGGGCCAUCAACACUACAUCAUGAGCGUCAACUUCAACCCCAAGGACCCAAACACUUUUGCAUCUGCGUGCUUGGACAGAACCGUCAAAGUCUGGUCUUUGGGAUCUCCCACUCCCAACUACACCAUGGUGGCUCAUGACGAGAAAGGUGUCAAUUAUGUGGACUAUUAUCCUCAGGCAGACAAGCCAUAUCUUAUCACUGCAUCCGACGAUAAGACUGUCAAGGUUUGGGACUACCAGACCAAGUCUUGUGUUGCUGUCUUGGAAGGUCACUUGGCCAAUGUUUCGUUCGCAAUUUUCCACCCAGAAUUGCCUUUGAUCGUAUCUGGUUCCGAGGACGGUACAGUCAGAUUCUGGAACUCCAACACUUUUAAGCUUGAAAAAUCAGUGAAUUAUGGUUUGGAAAGAGUAUGGUGUGUGGGCAUCUUGCAAAAGUCGAACUUGAUCGCAGUUGGAUGUGACUCUGGAUACAUUGUUGUGAAGAUCGGUAACGAAGAGCCACUUUUCUCUAUGGACAACAAUGGUAAGCUUAUUUACGCUAAAAACUCAGAAGUCUUUUCAUCAGUUAUUAAGCCAAACUCAACAGACGGUUUGAAGGAUGGUGAGACAUUACCCCUUCAACAAAAGGAAUUGGGCACAGUUGAAAUCUACCCGCAGACUUUGGCACACUCUCCAAAUGGCAGAUAUGCUGCUGUCUGUGGUGAUGGUGAAUACCUUGUCUAUACUGCCUUGGCCUGGCGUUCAAAAGCUUUUGGAAAAGCUUUGGACUUUGUCUGGAAUACGCAUGACUUCUCCAAUGCAACCUCGUUUGCUGUCAGGGAAAGCAAAUUGUCUAUCAAGAUCUUCAAGAAUUUCCAAGAACACGUUGCAGUUGACCUUGUUUACGAAGCCGACAAGAUCAUCCCAGGUGCUUUGCUAGGCGUCAAGUCCACUGGUCUUUUAUGCUUCUACGAUUGGGAGACUGGCGCUUUGGUGAGAAGAAUAAAUCUUGCUCAAAACGAUGUCCAGGAUGUCGUUUGGUCUGACAAUGGCGAGAUGGUUGCUAUUUUAACAACGGCUGCUGCUACAGAGACGGGUGCUGGUACAAAUGCAACUAAGACCAGCAACGAAACAUACUUCCUCAGCUUUGAUCGUUCUGUGUAUGAAGAUUCAUUAACUGAUAAUACCUAUAGUCCUUCGGAGGGCGCAGAGGCCGCCUUUGAUGUUCUUUAUACAUUGCCAUCUUCAGAACAAAUUUUGUCGGGUAAGUUCAUUGGUGACGUAUUUGUCUACAGCACAGGAACGACCAAUAGACUUAACUAUUUUGUUGGCGGUGAGGUCAUAAACUUGAGUCAUUUCGACCGCAAGUACUAUGUUAUCGGUUACAAAGCUUCGGAUGGCAAGCUUUAUUUGAUCGACAAAGCUCUCAACGUGAUCUCAUGGUACUUGAACGCCAAGAUCUUGGAAUUACAGACAUUAGUUAUGCGUGGUGACCUCGAGCAGUAUGCCAAAGCAUUUAUUGAGGAUAAUAUUCCGGAUGUGUCCACCAUUUCACCUGAGGAUUUGUCUAGUGAUUACAAGGCUUACUUGACAGAUUUGACGAAGACUGAACUCAAUCAGCUAUCUAGAUUUUUUGAAAAGCUUGGUUAUUUGAAGUUAUCCUUCGAUUUGUCUCAGGACUUCGACUCAAAAUUCCAAAUAUCUUUAUCUACCGGCGACUUGAGCAAAGCAUACGAAUUAUUGGCGGAGAGUCAGCAGAAGAGUCCUCUGACCGCUUCAGCCAAUGUCAGUAAGUGGAGAAAGUUGGGUGACUUGGCCUUGCUGAAAUGGCAGGUUAAGCUUGCAGAAAACUGCUACUGGUUAGCCAAGGACUAUUCAUCGUUACUACUUUUGCUUUCUUCCUCUAAUAAUCAAAUGCUGUUGGCUCGCCUAGCCGAAGAGGCUGAAGCAUUGGGUAAGUAUAACAUCGCUUUUCAAGCUUGGUGGCUAAUUGGCAGCGUCGAUAGAUGUCUCAAUUUGUUGAUUAAAACAGAACGCUAUACAGAAGCUGCAUUUUUUGGUCGUACAUAUGGUGUUGGAGCGGAUAAGGUUAACGAGAUUGUGGACUUGUGGAAGAAGAAGCUAGAAUCAAACGGGAGGGCAAGAAUCAGUGAGCGCUUGAUCAAGAGUCUUUCAAAUCUUAGCAUUGGUGAAGCUCCUGCUCAAGACGCGUUGAUUGACCUCGAUGAGCAGACUGACGAGAAGUUGAUUGAUGCUGAUGAGGAACCAUCCACUCAGGAGAAGUCCGCGAAUGGUCCCGCUGGCGUUGAGAUCGAGGUAUAG